CUUAUGCAAGGGGCAAGGUUUGUAGAGACUAAUUUGGUUUAAAAAAUGCUGAGAAAUCAAAAUUAUGAUUUCCAUAAAAAGAAAUUAGACGAAAUUUAAACAGAGUAAUGAUUUUCUUAUAUGGCUAAUAGUAAAAAAGCAAGAUAUGCUUUUAAGGAUUUGCCUAUUCUGAGCAAAACUUAAUAAAUCAAAGAGUAAUCUUCUAGAUUUUAGAAAUCUGAAUAGAGAAAAAGAAUAGAUGAAUAAAAUUAAUAUCUCAGCUCACAUAUAAUAGAAAUAUAAGAAGGUAAGAACUCUCAAUUCAGAUCAAUUUGGACAGUAUAAAAUUUAAGAGAGAAAGCAUAUGUAAGGUAUUUGAAGAGAAUUUUUAGGCUGACACUUCUCAAUGGUGUGAGAAUACUUUAGGUAAAAGACUUCAUUCCCCUUUAAGAAGGAAACAAUAGUAAAAAAUAGAUGAAGAAAAUUAAGAACUACAAAAAAGGCUUGAAUUAACGAAGUAAAUCUUAUUAGAAAAGUAAUAAGAACAAAUAUCUAAAUAUGAAAAGCUUAGAGAUCACAUGACUAGAGUAUUAAAGAAAUAUUUAGCUAGAUUAAAUCUAAAGGACCUAAUUCUCCAAUGAUGAGUACUCAAUUCCCAUCAGUAAAGAGUAAAAGUACUACUCAGCUUAUGAAUAAGCCAUAUCAAUCUGAUUCAUUAAUACAGAACAGUAAAAUGAAUGACUUGUUAAAGUCUGAUAUCAAUAUAAGUAAAAUAUCGAAAAUAGAAUGA